AUGACGGAUAGCGAAAUGAGUGUCUUUCAAGUCCCGAAGGAGGGCAAGGCGGGUGUAGUCGUGAACGAGGGCCCAGAUUUUCGCGUCGAGGUGCAGAUGGUACCUGUCCCUGGAAUUAAACCUCAUGAAGUCCUCAUCAAACUCAACGUGACGGGAAUUUGUCACUCGGAUAUCCAUUAUAUGCGCAACGAUUGGGCUUCCCCAAAGAUGUCGGAGUUUGGUACGAUAUGUGCGGGACACGAGGGUGCAGGCAUUAUCGUAAAGGUUGGACAUGCAGUCACGACGCUGAAGCCUGGCAUGCGCGCUGGCUACAAGCCAAUUCAAGCUACUUGCGGCGAAUGUAGACAUUGUCAAACCAAUGAAGAUUGUUAUUGUGCGAAUGCAGUCUUCACCGGUCUAAUGAUCGACGGCUCGUACAAGCAAUACGUCGUGUCUCCUGAGCGUUACACCACCAUUAUCCCCGAUGGUGUGGAUGCCUUCAUUGCAGCCCCUAUCAUGUGCUCUGCAUCUACAAUGUACACUUCAAUCAAGACCUCUGGCCUCCAGCCAGGCGACUGGGCUGUUUUUCCCGGUGGAGGCGGCGGCCUCGGCAUGCAAGGAAUUCAGCUCGCCAAAGCAAUGGGCCUGCGAUCUGUUGCCAUUGACACUGGUGAGAACAAGAGAAGGCUUUGCUUAGAAAAUGCAGGCGCAGAUGCCUUUAUCGACUUUAGAUUGACAUCCAACGUCACAGAUGAGGUGAUUCAGAUCUGUGAUGGUAUCGGCGCCCAUGCAGUUUUCGUUACCGCCGUGCAAACGUACCCUUCUUCCAUCCCCAUGCUUGGCGGCCGAGUAGGUGGCCGCGUCAUGUGCAUCGGCUUGCCACCAGCGGGCACACAGCUUAUUCAUGUAGAUCCAAGUCAGAUGUGCUACAAGAAGCAGGCUGUUCAAGGCACGCUAGUAAGCUCUAUGGCAGAUGUGGACAAAACUUUAGAUCUUGCAGAGAGAGGGCUAUUGAAACCGAUAUAUACGGUGUACCCAUUCAGCAAAUUCAACGAGGUGGUGCAAAAACUUAGCAAGGGUGAGAUUGCGGGACGAGCUGUUGUGGAUUUCAAUACUGAGUAA